AUCAAGUUUUCCUCUGUUGAGCAAACAUGAAGCUGCUGAAAAUUAUAUUCCUUAUCUAUCAAAUCAAUGAAAUCGUUUCGAUCAAAUGCGAUGGAAAUCCAAAUACGCCGGAUGUGGUCCUAAAGCAGAAGCUGCUGUGUGGCAGUUAUGACAAAUCAGAGCGGCCGGUUAAGAAGUAUACCGAUCCCGUGAUAGUUGGCAUGCAUAUGGUGUUGCAGAAUUUUGAUAUAGACGACAACCUUCAAAAAAUCUUCAUCAACGUAUGGCUACGUCUAAAAUGGACAGAUCAGCUUCUGACUUGGGAUCCAAUGGAAAACGGUGGUUUGAAGAGUCUCAUUAUCGAAUCCGAAGACAUAUGGCUUCCGGAUAUGAUACCAUACUCAGCUUAUUACAGCAACAAUUUGGAGGCCUCGUGUACCUCGCCAAAGUGCAUUUUGCUUUCAACAGGUGAGGUUAGAUGUAUUCCAGCCUGCGAUUAUCAUUCGCUCUGUAAGUCAGAUUACACUAAUUGGCCAUUCGAUCGUAUGAACUGUACGCUUCGCUUUGGAAUGUGGGCGGAAUACUCGAGUGAGGUAGACUUUACAGCCGAUGGAAUAUCGUUCAUUUCGGAUGAGACCAACAAGCAUAACGAGUGGCUGAUACUAUCGACAAACUCUUCGAAACAUGAAACAACUCCGCUGGAGGUUAAUGACUCGAGCACGAUGUAUCCUUCGGUGGUUUUCAAUUUCAUCCUGGAGCGCCAUUCAGGAGCUCACUGUGCGGUUAUUUUGACUCCGGCGUUUGUGAUGGUAGCCAUCAAUCUGAUAGCGUUAUGGGUGAACUGUUGCGCAAUUGAAAGAUUAGUUAUGCUUUGUGUUAAUGUGUUCAUUCAUUUCCUAUUCAUUAUAAACCUUUAUUGGCAGAUUCCAUACAACGGAUCUACGGUGCCCUAUUUCCUGAUAUUCUUCCGCGAUUCUUUGACCGUCACUGCAAGCCUGUUGGUUUUGACUGUAUGUAUCAAGCAUGUGUACUUGAGCGGGAAGCAGCCACCAGCAAUUUUGGCCAGUGUGGUAACAAUUUUGACUGGAAACCAAAUUGGCCAAUGGCUUUUUAGUACGGGUGCCGUAGCUAGCUCGCAGCAGGACAUAAUGGAAGAGGGCCGUCAAAAUGAAGAAUCCCCCGAUGAAAAUGCUGGAGAUACUGCCAUCCUUGUGGCCGAGCAAGCUGCUACAGAUUCUUAUAAACUAUCUGGAAAGGGUGAUGAAAUACGUGUAAUCGCUGUUGUUUUUGAUAAACUACUGUUCAUUUUAGUUGCGACAUCAUACGUUAUAAUGAUCUUGACACUCAUUCCACGAUAUUGA